GAAUUAACCCUACUUUAUAUUGCCAAAAUUGAAAAUAUUUGUAGUUUAGAAACAAUAAAUUUGUGAUAAGAUAGAAAAAUUAAGAAAUUAACAGAUAAAAAAGGUGGUGCAUUAUUAUCUUGGUUAAUUCGCUACUUCAACAAUUAAAUACUCAUCCAAAGAUGAACGAAAAAGACAUAAAUCAUCAAGUUCCUUACAGUAAAACUAAUGAUAGUCAUCAAGACGAGAAAUUACUGGAGCCUUAUGUAUAUAUUGUUCAAGUGCCUGGAAAGAAUAUUAGGGUUAAAUUAGCUAGAGCUUUUAAUUUAUGGUUUAAAAUACCAGAAGAAAAACUGCAACUAAUCACUGAUAUUGUACAAAUAUUGCACAACUCUAGUCUUUUAUUAGAUGAUAUUCAAGAUAAUUCAAUACUUCGAAGAGGUAUUCCUGUUGCACACUCUAUUUAUGGUAUAGCGAGUACCAUAAACGCUGCAAAUUAUGCAUCUUUUAUUGCUUUAGAAAGAGUCCAAACACUCAAUCACCCUGAAGGAACAUCCAUUGCCAUAGAACAAAUUCUGGAACUUUAUAGAGGACAAGGCAUGGAAAUAUAUUGGAGGGAUAAUUUUACAUGCCCUUCUGAGGAAGACUAUAAACAGAUGGUCAUUAGAAAAACUGGUGGUUUGUUUAUGUUAGCUAUAAGACUGAUGCAACUAUUUAGUGAAAAUAAGGAUGACUUCACCAAAAUAGCAGCAAUUUUAGGACUGUAUUUUCAAAUAAGGGAUGACUAUAUCAAUUUAAAAUCCAAAGAUUAUAUGCAACAUAAAAGUUUUUGUGAAGAUUUAACGGAAGGGAAAUUUAGUUUUCCUAUAAUACAUGCCAUAAGAAGUCACCCAGAAGAUACCCAAAUAAUAAAUAUUUUGAGGCAGAGGAGCAAAGAUAGUGAGGUGAAAAGGUACUGUGUAAGUUUGCUGGAAAAAUUUGGUAGUUUCGAGUAUACCAAACAAACUCUAAAAGAUUUAGAAUCUCAGGCUUUGCAAGAAAUUCAGAGGCUGGGUUCAAAUCCCUUCAUGGAAGAAUUUAUACAUUCAUUGUCAAAUAUGUAAACCGUAUUUAUUAUUACUUGUACGGGGUGUUUCAAAAUUAGUUACUUACAGUCUUACAG